GAUGGUGGGAGGCUUAGUUGUGCGUGCUGACAGCCUGGGAGAGCGUGUGGUGUUGCAUGGUAACCUUGUUUGGGAUUGGAGAGCGUAAUCGGGGGUGAGAAGGUGCCCGGGAGCCGGAAGGACAGGCGAAAUUGUACUUUGGGUAUUGGCAAUGGUUUAGGGCGGGUUCCAGAGUAUUUUAGAAGGAGAAAUGCUGAUGGACAGCGAAUGGCCUCGUUCGAGUCCUGUGAUUCCAAGCACCUGUGUUCUCAAGUACAACUUUCACACCCAUAUAUAGUAAAGGGGGAUCUGAUGGUAUGAAUUCACUUGAUCUUGGUUGCCGGCGACACAUCUUUACACUUGAGAAUCUUUAAUAGCUCCUUCAUGACUGUCCUUCUCAGACUCGGUCUCCUUCCGAUUUCUUGGUUGCAGUCUCCCUUUGGGUUGAUGACUCACCAUAGAGUUUUUGAGGAUCUUUGAGACCCGGGAUCAAGAACCCCCACUGCUAUGGAAACUUGCUGGGUGACCCUGGGCCAGUCACACACACUCAGCCUGACCUGCCACACAAGGCUGUGGGGAUAAAUUAUGAAUCAAGGAUGUCCAGUGGAAAGCAAAUAGACGAAACUAUCUUUCCAGAAGAGUAACUGUUGUGUGAAGAUUUUUUUUAACCUACCAUGAAAACACUGUGACUUCAGCCUACUUUGAUAUCUUUGGCCUGCUCAGAAAUGUUUUUCACAUUUUCAAGAAAAAACGUAUCCCAGAAAAUAAGUUUAUUGCUGCUGAUUUUUGGUUUUAUCUGGGGCAUAAUGUUACUGCGCUAUACCUUUCAACAUCCAAGGCAACAGAACAGUGCUGAGCUGCGUGAACAAAUCCUGGACUUAAGUAAAAGAUACGUCAGAGCACUGGCAGAAGAGAACAAGAAUAUAAUUAAUGGUGGUAAUGGAGCUGCAAUGGCGGGCUAUGCUGAUCUCAAAAGAACAAUUGCAGUUCUUCUAGAUGACAUCUUGCAGCGCUUAGUAAAAUUGGAAAACAAGGUCGACUACAUUGUUGUAAAUGGUUCAACAACAAAUACCACAAAUGGAAACUUGAUGCCAGCAACUACAAGCAAACGGGUAAAUGCAGCAGGCAACGUAAGAUAACAUACAAAAUCACUAUGUGCCAUUGGUUUAAUUCUGUUCAGAAUUCACUUUGUGCAGCUGUAUUGGCCAUAGAUUUAGUUCUGUCUAAAAUCACUGUGUCCAGCUGUUUUUGCCAUUGAUGUAGUUCUGUUCCAGUUGGGAAAAGAAACACUUGGCUCAUGAAAGACUGCAUCCUGUUUCAACAGGGAAUAUUAAAUUCAAUUCUAACUUCUUUUUAUAAAGCUCUAGAAACCUUCUGUUCGGU